CGCUGGACAGGAGCAUCCAGCACUGAUCAGGGUGUCAUUCAUUUCUUCUGAUGUUCCUCAGACCUCAGCUGUGCUCCGUCAUGCAGCGGGCAGCGGUCCUGCUGACUCUCAUCAGCGCCAGCGCAGCUCUCAGACCCGAGUGGAUUCCAGGAGAUUACUCUCAGACAGUUGUCGAGGCUCAGAGGUUUGUAGAAGAUUACAACUCAACGGCAGAGGAAGUCUUCUACUUCAGCUCAGAAGCCAGCUGGAACUACAACACUAACCUGACUGAGCACAAUUCCCAGCUGCAGGUGAUCGCAUUUUUGGAAGAGCAGGAAUUCACAGAAGCAUGGGGUCAGAAAGCAAAGGACACAUUCUCUGAUUCUUUCAUUGAGAUGCUAAAUCCUAAAGUGCAAAAAAUCCUCAGCAAGAUAAAAGUUUUGGGACCAGCCAACCUCCCAACCGCAGAGAGAGAGAAAUACAACACCCUUCUGAGCCAGAUGGAUAGCAUCUACUCGACAGCGAAGGUGUGCCACAGCACGGAGGAAUGCUGGUCUUUGGAGCCUGAGCUCACAGACAUCAUGGCUAACUCAAGAAGCUAUAAGAGACUUCUGUAUGCCUGGGAGGGUUGGCACAACGAAUCUGGAGAUCGUCUCCGAUCUCUCUACCCUGAGUUUGUAGAGCUCAGCAACAAAGCGUCAAGGAUGGAUGGCUUUCCAGACACGGGCGCGUACUGGCGUUCUUGGUACGAAUCUCCGACCUUCGAGAAAGACCUCGAGAACCUGUUUAUACAGCUUCAACCUCUUUACCAGAACCUGCACGCCUUCGUCCGCCGCAAACUCUAUGAUUUCUACGGCCCUAAGUACAUCAACCUCAAGGGUCCGAUCCCAGCCCACCUCCUGGGGAACAUGUGGUCACAGACUUGGAACAACAUCUAUAACAUGAUGAUCCCUUUUCCUGACAAGCCCAAUGUAGAUGUGACUGACACCAUGGUUGCUCAGGGCUACAAUGCUACGCACAUGUUCCGGAUGGCAGAGGAGUUCUUCACCUCUGUGGGUUUGAUUCGUAUGCCGGACGAGUUCUGGGACAAGUCCAUGCUAGAGAAACCGAGCGAUGGCAGAGAGGUGGUCUCUCAGGCAUCUGCCUGGGACUUCUACAACCGGAAGGACUUCAGAAUCAAACAGUGCACCACCGUGACCAUGGAGCAGCUGUCUACAGUCCAUCAUGAGAUGGGUCAUGUAGAAUAUUUUCUCCAGUAUAAAGACCAGCCGGUUAGCUUCAGGGAUGGAGCUAAUCCUGGCUUCCAUGAGGCCAUAGGAGAUGUUCUGUCUCUGUCCGUAUCCACACCGAAACAUCUCCACACUAUUGGCCUUAUGGACCAAGUGACUGAUGAUGCUGAAAGUGACAUCAACUACCUGUUGAAGAUGGCUUUGGAGAAGAUUGCCUUCCUGCCGUUCGGAUACCUCAUUGAUCAGUGGCGCUGGGGUGUAUUUAGUGGACGCACACCACCUGAGCGGUAUAAUUCAGAAUGGUGGUAUCUCAGGACAAAGUACCAAGGAAUCUGUCCUCCAGUCAGACGUACCGAAGACAAUUUCGAUGCUGGAGCGAAAUACCACAUACCUGGAAAUGUUCCAUACAUCAGAUACUUUGUGAGUUUCAUCCUUCAGUUUCAGUUCCAUGAGAAAUUGUGUCUGGAAGCCGGACACACGGGACCACUGCACAAGUGUGAUAUCUACAGGUCAACAAAGGCCGGAGCUGUUUUGGAGAAAGUCUUGAAGGCUGGAUCUUCAAAGCCUUGGACGGAGGUGCUACAAGAAGCUGUCGGCACAAACAGAAUGGACGCCAGCUCUCUCAUUAACUAUUUUGAGCCAGUUACUACCUGGCUGCGAGAACAGAAUGAGAAGACUGGAGAGAUGUUGGGUUGGCCUGAUUUUGAUUGGGUGCCGCCCAUAGCUGAAGACAUCUCCACCAUUUCUGAUCAUAUCAGAGAUGAAAUUCAGGAUGCUCCCUUUUUUGGAUGGCAGGUGGAUGAAACCACUGAUAUAUCCUCCCGUGCCCAACUCUCUGUCAUUAUUCGCUAUGUGGAUAGUGCAGGUAAAAUUCAGGAGCGCUUCAUUGGAUUUUUUGAUGUUUCUGGGGGGCGAGAUGCUCAGUCCGUUUUUGAUGUUUUAAAUGAGAACAUGCAGGGCUACAAUUUUAAGGAUAAGCUUGUGGCACAGACCUAUGAUUGGGCUCCUGUCAUGGCUUCAGCUCUCAAUGGUCUGCAGGCCAAAACAUUUGAUAACAUCAUUGCAGAUAUGACAAUGGAUGAUGAUACACUGGAUUGUGCCAAAGGCUUUGUGAGGAAACUGGAGGAUUUUGAGUUUGUGUUCAUGUUGUACACAUAUGAACAAAUCUUCUCUGAGACUGAUGUGGUCUUUGAUAUUGUCCAGCAGAGAGCGAUGGAUGUUCUUUACUGCAAGAAAAGAAUUGAGUCUCUUCUUACAUUUGUCAAAGAGAAGAGGUCAGAGGGGGCUUUCCAAGCUGUUUAUGCCAAAGCAGCAGAUCUCACAUCAGACCCAAGAGAUGAGCCCAUGAGAAAGCACCGUCUGACCCAAUUGCAGGAUCCCCAAGAGCGCUACAGAAAUCUGUACAUGGCCAUCCUUGAUAACAUCUUGGAGCAGAUUCGUCGACGUUUUUCAAAUUUGGAAAUCAUUAUGCGCAUUCGCGGACGGAUCGUGCAGGCAUCCCGGGUCCCCUUUCCAGACGAAACUGCUUUCCAGCCCACCUCUUCCAACCAGGUCUGGGUGAACCAGUUCACGUUGCUAAGUGAACCGAGUGCGAUUGCGAGCACUCGCACAGGUCAAUCGAAACAGGCUUUUGGUGUCAAACGUGCCUGGGGUGGUUCGAUUGGGACAGUGCGGGGUUGGACCCCUCUGCGCAUGUUCAAUGAAUCCGACCAGUUCUUCACCUCUCUGGGUCUUCUGCCCAUGCCGCCUGAGUUCUGGGAGAAGUCAAUGCUGGAGAAACCAACAGACAGCCGUGAGGUGUGUCACGCCUGGGACUUCUACAAACGCAAAGACUUCAGGAUUAAGCAGUGCACGGUGGUGACCAUGGACGACCUCAUCACCGUCCACCACGAGAUGGGACACGUUCAAUACUUCCUGCAGUAUAAAGAUCUACCCAUCUCCUUCCGUGACGGCGCCAACCCUAGAUUCCACGAGGCCAUCAGGGAUGUUCUGGCCCUGUCAGUGUCCACACCCAAACAUCUUCAGAGCAUUGGCCUGCUGGAUAAGGUGGAGGACAACAAAGAGAGCACCAUUAACUUUCUGAUGAGCAUCGCGCUGGAUAAGAUCGCUUUCCUGACGUUCGGUUACCUGAUGGACCAGUGGAGGUGGAAAGUGUUUGAUGGCCGGAUCUCCAGCGCAGAAUACAACAAAGAGUGGUGGAACCUCAGAAUGAACUACCAGCGAAUCUGUCCACCUGUUUCUCACACUGAGGAAGACUUCGAUCCCGACGCAAUGUUCCACAUCCCAGCUAAUGUGCCUUAUGUCAGGUACAGUACAAAUAGCUCAGAAUUAUGGAAUUUCAUAAGUGAAAUAAUGAGAAAGAAGAACGAAGCCCCGCCCAAGAUGUCUGUCCAGCCUCUGAUGGAGAAUUUUCAACAGCUCAUUGAGUGGCUGGAGGCGGAGAAUAAGAAGAACAAUGAAGUCUUGGGAUGGUCUGAAUACGACUGGACACCCUACAAAUCAGUGACCGUAGUGGAGGAUGAGAUGCCAAAGCCAGUCAACUUUCUGGGUUUAAGCGCGAGUGAAGUGGAUUCUCCUCGUGGUGGCCGUCGUCUUUCUCAUCGCCGCCACAUUUUUGAAAUACAAAUACAGAAAUUCCAGACGCUUACAGGAUGA